UGGUUGGGUUUAUUUUAAGGGAGUUUACAACUCAUGGCAGGAUGCUUCUGGCUGAGCUUUUUCACCAGCUGAUGAGGAACUGGUUAAAUAUGAAGAUAGACAGUUACAGAAGAACGUGCCAAAACAAAAAGUAGUAAAAGAGGCUAGAGCAGUUAAGGUCAGCAGUGUGACUAUGUGUAAAUGCACUGUGUUACUCAUCAGCACUUCUCCCUGGGUGCUUUUGAGUCAGAGCUGAUUCCUCCUGUGAACAAAGGGUUUGCUGCUCUCAGCUCUGAGGCAGCUGGCUACUUCUUCAUGGAGCAGCCUGCAGGAGGCUGCCCAGCAGCAGAAUCACCAGGCAUGGCCUGAACUCAAAAUCUGUGUCUGAUCACCCAGGCCUGGUAGGCCUUGGCUUGGCUUGGCUUGGCUUCCCUCACCGUUCUUAUUGUUUCGGUUACUGUACUAUCUUUCCCGUUGUUUUUCUUAGGUCUGAAUGAGCAUCCCCCAGAGAACUGUCAGUGCCUAAUUUUACUGGCUUUGCGACGUGGAAGAAUGAUGUGUAUUAAGAGCAUCCUGCCAUCUGUAAGGAACUGUGCUGUAGGCCCAACGGAAGGUAGGGCAGAGAGAAAUGUGUCCUACUUCUGAAAACAUCACCUGUUCCUUGGGGAAAGGAAGAGUGUUUUUGCCCUCGGGAAGACAGGAAAGCCUUUCUCUCACAAAUACUUUAUGCAAAAACCUGGGACUGUGACAAGGAAGCGAGCAGAAAAACCCAAUGUUGUUAUCUCUGCCUUGGGUGCAGCACUAUCUCUGUGGUUUCUGAUUACAAAGUGAGGCUGGGGAGUAGAAAGGAGAGCAAAUAAAAACGUGUUUUUGGUUUUCAGAGUAGGCACAGCUGCUUCUGGAGUAGGGCUGCAAGCUUUAAGUAACUGGAACGUUUAUUUCUACCUUGUGCUGAUGGAGGAGCGCACGUUACUGCAUUCAGUGUCAUGGAUCUGCUCUGCAACCUGGAGGGGACCUCUAAAUGAGACUCAGAUGUCUGGAUAAAAGCAGCAGUGCUGGUUCAAUCAGAGAGACGGAAACGCAGAGACGCUGAAGGAAUGGAGCAACUAGCAAAACUCCUCCUGUGGCAGCUUUUGCUUCAGCAAAGUUCUGUCGUUUAUUUAUAUUCAGUCCCAGCUGAUGCCUCCAACCCAGACAGCGUUGUAGUGUCAGUGUUAAAUAUCAGUGCCACACGGGGGUCACAGGCUGUCCUGCCCUGCAAGAGUUACCGCAUGGUGUGGACUCAGGACCGUCUGAAUGACCGCCAGCGCGUGGUGCACUGGGAUGUGUACAGCACCUACUAUGGAGAUAACAAGAUGGAGAGGCUAUGUGACAUGUACUCAGCAGGAAGUCAGCGCGUGUACAGCUCCUACAACGAAGGGAGGAUAUUAAUGCCCCAGAAUGCAUUUACAGAUGGCAACUUCUCACUGGUGAUCAAAGAUGUUGCUGAGAGUGAUGCAGGUGUAUAUUCGUGUAAUCUUCACCAUCACUACUGCCACUUAUAUGAAACUGUGAAAAUUCAACUAGAUAUCACCAAGAAAGCCAAAGCAGCAAAGGAGUACUGGGAUGGAGAGAAGGCCGUGAUUGUGGCCUUGGCAGGCAGUACCGUGAUGCUCCCUUGUGUCAACCGAAACCACAUCUGGACCGAGAGGCACAGUGAGGAGGAGCAGCAGGUGGUCCACUGGGACAGGCAGCCCCCAGGGGUUCCCCACGACCGCGCCGACCGCCUCAUCGACCUGUACGCCUCCGGGGAGCGCCGCUCCUACGGGCCUCUCUUCAUUCGCCAGAAGAUGAACAUCACUGACACAGCCUUUGCCCUGGGUGACUUUUCCCUGCGAAUUUCUGAGCUGGAAAAUGCAGAUGAAGGCACUUACUCCUGUCACCUGCACCAUCACUACUGCGGCCUGCAUGAGCGUAGGAUCUACCAGGUGUUCGUGACGGAGCCGGUGAGAGAGAAGAAGGUGGUGAACCUCACGACUCACAACACUGCCCCGGCCAUAGAUCCCAACGUAGUCAGGGGCCACAAUGUGAUAAACGUCAUCAUCCCCGAGAGCCGCAUCCACUUCUUCCAGCAGCUGGGCUACGUCCUGGCGACGCUGUUGCUCUUCGUUGUCCUGCUCGUCAUCGUCGUCUUCAUCACCCGCAAGCGCCGGCAGAGAGGUUAUGAAUACAAUGUGAAGAAAUAUGGAGAGAAGGAUGUAAAUCUUAAAGAGUUUACAGUCGACACAACAGAUCUGACUCAGUACAAAAGCGAAGACUUCAGGCUGGAUUACAAAAACAACAUCCUGAAGGAGAAGGCUGAGCAAGCCAGAAGUCUUCCAGCAAAGAACAUUGAUUUAGACAAAGAUUUCAGGAAGGAAUAUUGUAAAUGAAGACACCCCCAAGCUGCUGGCUGGACCAGAAGCUUCAAUCAAAGAUAGAUGGAAAAGAGAUGCCUUUCAUAAUAUCAUGUCCCUCCAGUUACCAUACAUUUUUCGUGUAGAGUUUCUCCCCAGUAAGCAUGAGGGUAUUUGCAAAUGCUUUCUGAAAGAGUUAGGCCAUCUGUCUUGCGUGCAUUUAUGAUGGGUUUGGGUUUACUUUUCUUCUUUUGUUCUCCCAGUCCUCCCCCCCCCCCUUUUCUUUUUGAUAUUAUUGUUGUUUUUAAUGCAUCAAUGGUUUUUAUGAGCUGAAUCAGCAGACCUUUUGCUUUGAUGUUACUGCUUUAAAUAAACCAACCUGCAACACUAAUCUUAGCCAUCAUUAUAUCAGGCAUUUUUUUUUUCAUGCAAUGUAUUCAUUAGAAAAGCGAUAGCAAAGCCUGAUUGUGAUCUCUCAUAUGCUGGUGUACAUUGAGAGGAACAGUACUGUCACUUAGCACUUUAUGUAUUCCAGGUACAAAGAACUGCAUAUUCAGCCCUUCACAAAUAACAAUAUAAAUACCUCAUCUUACAAAAGGGGAAAUGUCAACAUCCUCAUUUUACGGGGGAAAGGGAGGCACACGGAUCUAGAUGCCACCAAAGUAGCGUUGGGAUCAGCUCCAAAGAGCUCUGGGAGUCUUAACUUUGCGUUUCUCACUCUAAGCUUCUUUGUUGGUUUGUUUUUGUUUCAGUGCAAACCAAAUCAAAUUUGUCAGGAGCAGACACUUUCAGCUGCACUUGGAGGUACAGUGCUGUAAUAGCAGUGUCAGUUAGAUCAGAUCCAGAAAUAUUACGGAGAGAGCUAAGCUCCUGUGUGGAAUCUGGAGUAUGAUUUUCCUGCAGUCCUUGAGUGGAUCCUCCCCACACAGUUCUUGUGAGCUCGUCACAAAAAAAAGGUAUGAUUACAGCACAGUUAGACUGACUGUUAAGAGGGAUAACUACCCUGAGCCAACCAUGAGGAACAAGGCUAACAACACAUUCCACCAAAUAGCCUGUCAGGCACUUCCAUGGAUCGUGGUCCCCAAAGGGAGGCAGGGAGGGAUAUGAGUUUACUCUUGUAGGUUUUGGCAUUGUUCUGGAGAGCAUUUGCCUGAGAUAGCAGGGCAGUGGGCUGGAGGGAAGUCAAUGAUUCAAGCAAGGUAAAGUGUCAGGAAAGCCAGAAAAUAUUAACAGCUCUAUACAGUCUCUCUGACUGCUUGGGAUAUGCUGUGGCACCAUUCCCAAACCAGGGCAUACUUUGUGCAUGGAUGAAAAUAAGGUUUCCUGCCAUUGGGAACGUGAUGGCAACAGCUUGUGUUCUCAUGGAAGCGUGUAGCUGGCCAGGGAUUGCCAACUUACUCUUGGGAUGUCUGAAGAGAAGGGCAGAGGAAGGGAUUGCGCGUGGGCUAGGUGACUGAGUGGAGCUGGAGUAAGGUCUCCAGGAUGUUGUGAGUGGUGGAAGUGUGAAGAGGAGCUUGUGUGGAACUACUGUGAGCAUCAGGAGUGGUUUCAGGCUUGAAGCAGUGCUCUGCUUGCAGCUGCUGUCUCAGCAUGGAUUUGAGAGCUAUUCAAUACUAUGGGCCUCCCAAGUGUAGGAAUCAAGUCUCGUACAGACCCUUUCUUUCCACUGCUACCAACCUGGAUGUCUUAUUUGCUAAUGCAUAUGCUACAGCUGAGCAAAUCCUGAUCGUACAAUUUGCUUAGCUCUCCCACUGUUCUCCAGCCAAUUUCUGUGAUUUCUGCCAUUCUCUUCACUUAAGAUACACUUAUACAAAGGAGUUCAGAGUAGGCAGACUGAAAACUGGUGGUAAGGAGGAUGUGGGGUUGGGCCCGGGUCCUGAUUUGCUUUCCCUUCUCCCAGAGUAUUCAGCCAGUCCUAGGUUGCCUUUGGCUGGAUCUGAUUGGAAUCCAGGCUGCAUUCCUGCAGGUGUGUAAGGCUCCUCUGGUUAUUCCAUCAGGGUGGCACAGUCUCAAAUAAUUGCCAUUAAUCUCUUUCUCCCUCCCUUUCAUGUCUGUGAGUCAAAGGCUGAAGAUCUUUACUUGCCAGUUCAAAUUGCUUAGCACAGCUCAUAUACACAUCGGCUCAAAGUGGGGUUACUCAUAAACUCCAGAGGCAUUUAAAUAUUUUAUUUGACUUUUGGCUGCAAAAUAGCUUCAGGGGAAAUAAAUGAAUUUGUUCUCUGAAACAAGCGCUAGGAAGAGCUCGAUGAGUUCCUCAUCCUUGCUUUGAUCACAGGUUUGAAUUUGGAUAGUGGUCAGACAAAGCAGCAUAACCCUUGACUGAUCAAAAUGGGAGACCAGGUUGAGAUUGUGGCCCCUUUUCAUCAGGGGAGGCAUGCGUUGUGUGAUUGGGCUGAGAAUCAGAACAGUGGUUUUUAAAAGCAGCCUGCCACAUCCAGCAUGUCAUUUACUAAGUUAAAAUUCUGGCUGAAAGAGAUCCAGGCAAAAUUGCUGGCUAUCGACUUGUGUGUUUUCAAACCAUUGGGAAAAAAAAACCCCAAAACAGAAAGAAAACUGAGCACUAAGGUGAAGAGGUUUUAAUUUUUAUUUUUGUUUGUUUGUUUCCUAAUCCAGAGAAUUAUCAAGGGCUGUGUGCCCUCAAAUACUGGUGAGAAGCCAUUCAGAUCUUUUACUUAUUUUGUGGUGGGACUUGGUAGGUGAGGCUGAUGGUUGGACUUGAUGACCCUGAAGGUCUUCUCCAACCUAAAUGAUUCUGUGAUCUUGCACGUGGAAAUUAGGGGUCUGGACUUGUAGUUAACCACUAGCUGAGGGGCAGCACUGUUUUCUGUUCCCACUGUGCCAGAGGCUCGAUGUGGUUCUAGGCAGGUUGGCUUUCUCUCUCUUUCUCCCAUCUCUCAUCUCAGCCUUUCUCUCUGAGGAAUGACAAAUGAUUUUGCCUGAGUUACCCCAAGUUAUCACUGUGCUGGUGGAAUGCUGCAUCUUGAUAAGCUCCUCAGUUUCCCAAGACACGUGUUCUGUGUUCAGUUAGUUGAAUUAACAAUGACACCCAGUAAUUUUUUAUACCGCUUACUUCUCAGUGAGCUCUCUGGCUCAGUGAAGGCAGAGAAAGUCUCUUUUAGAGUAUGUGAAUUUCAUGGACUGUAAGCCCUUGUUGUGGAACAAGGCAAGGGUGUACAGCAGUGACCUUAGACAGGGUUGUACUAAAAGUCAGCUGGUCUCAGACUGACUCAGUUCUCUGGAAGGAAGACAUUUCAAAAAGCUUUCUUCAUAAAGAAAACGAUCCUUUUAUUUUAGGUUUCAUUUCGGUUUUUGGAGUUGCUAUUUUUUUCAUCCUUGUUCUUUUGUAUUUGGAGCAGUUAAGAUGUUAUGGUUUUCUUGUGGCUUUAUCUAUCUUGAUAGGAAAACUGCAGUGCAGGUGGGUUUUUUCCACUGAUGUUCAUGCUUGUCUUGGCUUUGUUACUCAGUCUGUCUUCUGUAAACUCAUUCAUAAGCAACUAACUAUGUUUGUUAAUCACUGUAGGAAUGCUGUAACCUAUAAUAUAUGCUUUCCCUCAUUUUAUCAUUACAUGAUAAUUUGCAGGAGAGAGUACAUGUGUGCAAAUUGUAGGCUUAGAUUAGUGAAGAUGACAUAGUCAUGAUCUUAAUUGGACGUAAAUAGAAGGGAUGCUCAUUGAGAGGAAGGAAAAUAAGUACAGGUGAAAGAGCAAAGCACCUGCAUGGAGCCAGGGACUUGUAAAAAGGAGAAGAAUGUGAAGGAGCCCAUUUCAGAGAGUCUGGGGAAAAUGUUUUCUUCCCAUGAGCUGAUGAGGUCUUAAUUGUAAAGGAGCUUAAUUUGAAUGGAAGCUUGUGCAGUUGUAUACGCAAGCAGUGCGUGUUUCAGCUGGGAAAGGUUGAUUGUGACUUCUGCCAGUCUGAUCCUCUGGACUGAAAGCAUCAGUAGCUGGAGCAUGCUUUUUCAGUCUAAUUAUCUUUGAAAUACAUGCAGCUGGUGCAUUUUUAGGCUGUUCCAUAAUGCAAACCAAAGAGGGCUAUGUGGGAACACUGAGAUUUGUCCUCAGACACGGUUCUGAUAUGAAGAGCUGCAGCAGAUGAACCCUUUGAGUUCAUUUGGCUGACACGAAUCAUAGUUCCAGUGCAGUUUUGUAUUUCUGCUACUUGGUGACGUAGAAGCAGGGGAGAGUUGAAGUGAGGAAACAGUCACACAAUGUGAUAUUUGUUUGCCAGAAGAUACAGAAGGCCGCUGGCAUAACAGCCUGGAAAUGGAGCCCUUUCUUUUCUGCUCUGUGCUUGCAAUGCUUCCUCUCAAGACCGAGAGGAAGACCUGGUCCCUACAUCUUGUUUCAUUCUUUGUUGUCACAGGAUUAAUUUUCAUGAUUAUUGUUACUGAACUUUUACCGUUUGUCCUUGUUGUGUAACUCUCCUAGCAUUUAAGAAAUAAAGGAGAACGAAAUAGAGUUUCAAGUUAA